CAACGUCCCCAGGUUCACUUGGAAUUACUGUACGCGCAACAGUUGCGUCGAGACGAGGAAAGAGAAACGAACGAGAGUGCAUCGUCGCGUGCAUAUACCAUCGUUUAGACAAUAAUUGAAUUUGCGAGGUCAAUCAAUUUGUAAUUGUAUAUCGAUUAGCUUUCGAUCAGAAGAAGCCACGUAAGUUUGAAUGCCACCUGAUUCGCGUUGCUAUGGAAAUCCACGACAGACUUUGUAUCGUACCGGCUGCGAAUUGACAAUAUUUAGGUAAACAACGUGGGGUGCAUAACCGACACUUUGUGCCAGAAUGAAGGAGAAACGAUUGUCGAUGGGCAUUAACGUUAGCAUUAUACUGAUACUGACGAUAUUCGGUAUGCUUCUGUUCUUGCCUUUGCGAUUGUUAUUCGACACGAAUUAUUCCGAUCAGGAUCAAAACGGGGAUGAAAACGACGUCAGUGAUCUGGCUGACUCGGCGAGAGAAAGAGAGCUUGUAGAUCAUCGAAAACUAAAACGCUGUCCGAAUCUGCAAUAUGAAGAUCGCUUGAUGUCGGUCUUUCUGAGCGAUUACGAUGAAAAUUGCACGUACAAGCAGGACGAGUGCGAUGAUGACGAAGAUGACAACGAUGAUGACAGCGACUCUGAAGAAGAAGAAGAUAGCAGGGAGGAUGAAGAGGAUGAGAAGAAAACCUGCGUAUCCAAGAGACGCAUCGAGGAAGAAAUGAAAGAAAACGCUGAAGAGAUCUUGAAGACGCGUCAGAUGAAGUCUGUCACGGUGGCAGGUCACAUACUUGUGACGAUGUUGCUCGUAUCAGUCAUAGCUGCUCUCAUUGAAGUACUGCGAAUACGCUUCGCUAUUAGAGAAAAAGAUUCGUCUAGGGCAGGAACGAUUACCUCUCGGAGAUGCUCCUCCAGCGUGGACCUACCCGCCACAAGACGUCCCAUUUUAAGAGAAUUAAUUAGGACUCAAAGGUCUUUUGAGAUACCUGGAACACCCCGUUCCGCAUUGCGUUUGUUAGGAGCACGACCACCCCCGCUCAUCCGCCGCUCCUCGUUUCCGACGCCACAAGCGAAGCAAGCUGCUACUUCGUCUGUUUGCGGUACGCCAAACACUCGGCUGACGCGGCGUCCAUCGGCUGAAUCAGAGGAAGAAAUCGGGAUUGUCACCAAUAUUCUUCAUCAUCGCACCCGUUUAAUCCGACGUCAUUGAGACGGCACGAGGAUAGUGGUAUCAGUUCAUCGAAUUCUUUGCACCUGCAUAUGACAACAUUAACAGGGUAUGCGUCUUCGACUACAUGGUCAUAUGCAACGCACAACGAUCACGUCCAAUGACCUUUUUUAUACUCGUGCAACGUCUUUCAUGAAAAGUCCUUCACUAACGGAUUCACAGUAUCCUUCAAUACAAUCCUUUACGAUUUAACUUUAACAAGUAGCGCUCUAUCUCCGCUUUUUAUAUCAUGCUCAUCGUUCUACUUUCUAGCCAAAUGAUAUUUUGAUAUUAAUUUGAAAAAGUUACUAAUAUGCAGAAUCAAAAUUCAGAAUCAAAAGAUACUAUAAAGCACAAUUAAAAGCUUACUAUAUUAUCAUAGCACAUAUUAAGACUAGUAUGCUUAAUCAAAUAAUCUUUUUCCACACAUUUUGAUAACACACAGUACUUUAAGAUCACAUAAUCAAACAAAAACUAACUAUAAUUAUUACAACUCAACUAAUAAUGAUUUAUUAAUGUAAUAAAUCAUUAUCAUUAUCUUAUUGUCAUAAUAAUAUUACACAUACCAUAUUUUUAAUAUUUACUGUAACAAAUUUAUACAUCAGAAACACAAGAUAGUAUUUCUAAAUUUAUUCGUAACUAAAUAAACGAUAACCACAACGCUUUUGUUGUGGUUAAUCUAUGGAAGAAUUAUUUUUGUAAAAAUGUUCUUCUGGUGCAUAUUUUUCUCGAUAUUUUAUGCAUUAAAUAGAAUAAAUAGAUGUGCAUUUUCAAAGUAACAGUACAACGAUCGAAUAUUCGUAUUCGUGUAUAACGUUUAUUAUAUUUCUCUAACACAUUUAUAUAUAUAUAUAUAUUCUUUUUAUCAUAUAAAUCUAUUAUUAUAUUAAUACAUAAAAAAACUCAAGAAAAGUUACAAAGGUUGUCCUAUUUCUAUGAAAGUCAUAACAAUGAAUUAUCAUGCAUGAAAAUGCAGGUGAAUAUACUAGAAUAUUAGCUUCGCAAGAUUGUAAAUAAUUUCGAAAGAAUUAUUUCGAUGUAUUUUCAUAAUCAGAAGAUAUCAUUGUGUCUCUGUAUCAACGAGCUCCCCAUAAGCUUACUCCUGGGAUCAUCUUGCCUCCUGUGUCUUUCUCUUCCAUGUGAUAUAUGCAAAAUAUAAUUAUAAAUUAUAGACUAUAUAUUCGUAUAUAUUAUACUAUGUCACUAUAAUAUAAUACUAUAAUACACGAACAUGAUGUGACUGGCGGCUACGAUUACAUUUUCAAAACUGUGAUACGCUCUUUCACAUUAAUGUCAUUAUUGCACAAAGCAUUUGAAAAUGAAAUAUAUUCAUGCAAUAUAUUCUCAUGCAAAAAAAAAAAAAUAAAAUAUUUCCAGACUAUAUUAUUUUUAUUAUUUUAUUAUCCGUUAUAGAGAAUUAUUUAGGAUGGAUAAAGUUCCAGAAAAAGUGUAUUUUAGUUAAUUCAAGAGAGUGGACAUGUGAAAAAUUGUAAGUAUGAAAAUAUAAUUGGAAUAAAUAUAAAAA